AUGGCGGUCCCGGCUCUUGCGGGCGCGCCCGUGCUGUCGACGCCCGACACACACUCGUUCCAAGACCCGACACCUCCCGUCGACACAGACAGCCCGCGCCUGACGGACGCGCAGCUCGCAGCCACGUACGAGAUACCGCGCACCGUCGCCGAGAUCUGUGAGGGGCGGUGGAAGAGGAUUGCGCUGCAGUUUCCGGAUCACUUGCUUGUUGAUGCGCCGCGGGUGUAUGGGCUGCUGAGCCGGGGGCUGGCGGCGGAGGGGCAGCGGAGUGGGAGGGCGGGGGUCGAGGAGCUGAGCGCGCGGCUGGAGACCAACAUGGGCUUGGAAGAGAGGCGGGGCGAAGAGACGCAGGAGAGACGUGACCAAGAGACGCGGGACGGCGAGCACAGGCUGUUCAUCCUCGGCGACACGUCCUACGGCGCGUGUUGUGUCGACGAGGUCGCCGCCGAGCACGUCGACGCCGACUGUGUCGUGCACUACGGGCGCUCAUGUCUCUCCCCGCCGUCGCGACUGCCCGUCAUCUACGUCUUCACUGCACGCCCGCUCCAGCUCGACCACACGGCUUCGGCCUUCGAGGCAACGUACCCCGACAAGGCGCAAAAGGUCAUUCUGAUGGCCGACCUGCCCUACGCGCACCACAUUCCCGCGCUGCACACGCGCCUCGAGGCGGCCGGCUACACGUCCCUCUUCUCCACCGCCGUCGUCCACGACCCCGCCUCCCCGCUGCCAAACCGCACAACGCCCCCGGCCACCGCACACGGCAACACGGCCCUGCUCGACUGGGCCCUGUUCCACAUCGCCCCGCCCCCCGACUCGCUGCUGCUCAUCCUCGCCUCCCGCGUCGCCUCGACACACAUCUGCCCCGCAACGCCGGGCCCCACACGCCCGGCCGCCGAGGUGGCCAACACCCGCAUGACCCUGCGGCGGCGGUACGCGCUGUGCACCUCGCUGUCGACGACGCCCGUCUUCGGCAUCCUGAUCAACACGCUCAGCGUGCGCAACUACAUGGGCAUCCUGGCGCACGUGCAAAAGGCCAUCGCCGCCGCGGGGAAGAAGAGCUACACGUUUGUGGUCGGCAAGGUCAACGCCGCCAAGGUCGCCAACUUCAGCGAGGUUGGGGGCUGGGUCGUGAUCGGGUGCUGGGAGAGCAGUCUCAUCGAGUCCAAGGAUUUCUGGCGCCCGCUCAUCACGCCGUUUGAGCUGGGCAUUGCGCUGCAGGACGACGCGCAGCGCGUGUGGACGGGCGAGUGGAGCGGCGAUUUCGCCCGUAUCCUGGCGGACGCCGAGGCGGGGGCCCAAAGGAACGGGGAGGGAGAGAAGGAAGAAACCAGCACCGCGACGCCGACCAGCACCGACGAAGCGGACUUUGACUCGGAAGAAGACUCGGCACCCCCCGAAUUCGACCUCAGAACCGGCCGCUACGUCUCGCACUCGCGCCCCAUGGCCCCAUCCCGCUCCAAGCCCAUCCGCCAGUCUUCCACCACCACAGCAGCAGCAGCAGCAGCAGCAGCAGCAGCAACAACAGCAGCAACAACAACAACAGCAGCAACAACAACAGCAGCCGCAGCAGCAACAACAACAGCAGCAGCAGCGCCCUCCACUGCGCUCGCAAAACGCGCAACCGGCGCCUUGGCGGCUGUCAACGGCGUCGUCUCGCCCGGCGCCGAGUUCUUGACGACUCAGAGGACCUGGGUUGGCUUGGGGAGCGAUUACAACGACCCUGAGACGGGGCGCGAGACGGAGCGCGCGGCGACGAUGGAGCAGGGGCGCAGUGGCAUUGCGAGGGGGUAUCGUGUUGGCGACGAUCAGACGACGAGUUAG